CUGAGCUGUUAGUGACCUGUGCUGACACCAGGACUGUAUGAGAGCAGACGGGUGUACCUCUGCACGGUGCACGCACACUGACUGUGGAUACGUUUUUAUCCUGGAGCUGGAAAAACAAGACACCUCCUCUCUGGACCCUGGAUUCCUAAUUUAUAUUCCUUUAACAAAAAGUGGAAAUCGUUAAGAAGAUAUUCUGCUGUGAUCAGGAUGCUUAGCCCUGUUACUCUGCAGCAGAUCAUUUCCUCUCUGUUUGUGCUCUGCAGCGCUGCAGUCAUGGUGGAGGGACAGUGCCCCGCUGAGUGCUCCUGCGCCCCCUCUCCCCAGAUGUGCCCGCCGGGCGUCAGCUGGGUGACGGACCACUGCGGCUGCUGUAAAGUUUGUGCGAGGCAGUUCAAUGAGGACUGCAGCGCCACCGAACCCUGCGACCACAUCAAGGGGCUACGCUGCCACCUGGGGGCUGGAGGAGACCCAGAGAGGGGACUGUGUCGAGCCGAGGCUCAGGGACUGCCCUGCAUGCUUGAUGGACGGAUGUACCAGCACGGUGAAGACUUCCAGCCUGACUGCCAAUACCAUUGCACCUGCAUGAACCAAGUAGUGGGUUGCAUGUCCCUCUGCCCUGAACAAGUCCCCCUCCCAGACUGGCGCUGCUCUCGGCCUAGGCUGGCGAGGCCCGAGGGCGGCUGCUGUGAGGAGUGGGUGUGUGACGACAACAACCACAUCAGUGAGGAACCAGACGAGCUGACAGACACCUCCCAGCCAGACGGACGGCCCCUCCCCAACCACAUUAGUACCCUGCUGGAGGCCCAGCCACAUCCCCGACACCCAGCUGCCACUGGAGGGGCCACGUUCCGAGAGACGGAGAUGUUCCCGAUGUCAAAGGUGUUUCUGGAGUCCAGCUGUUCCCCUAAGACCACCGAGUGGACUCAGUGCUCCACCACAUGUGGGAUGGGAAUCUCCAGUCGGAUGACCAACGACAACCCGGACUGUCAGCUGGUCAGAGAGACACGACUGUGCCAGAUCCGGCAAUGCGAGCCGAUGUUUCUUCUAGCUAAGUGGGGGAAGAAGUGCCAGAGAACAAUCCGCCCCGAGAAACCGGUCAGCAUCACCUUUGACAACUGCUGGACUGCGCAACGCUACCGCCCUCGCACCUGUGGGGUCUGCGCCGAUGGACGCUGCUGCACACCCUCUGUCAGCCGCACCGUGAGGCUCCGCUUCUACUGCUCAGACAGAGAGAGUUUCUACAGAAAUGUUAUGUGGAUCCAGCGCUGCAGCUGCAGUACGAGCUGCCAUGCACACGUCUUGUGGUCUGUGCCGCCUGUCAACCUCCACAACGACAUCCACAUCUUCAGGGACUGAGGAGGACUUAUUGUGCCUUUUCUUUAAGACUCUGCACCUUCCCCCUCACCUAAACUCACCCCUGACCUGUCUGUCAGCCAGGUGAGCUCCACGACCAGGCAAUAUGUUCGCUUGCACUUUAAGCUUCCUGCCACGACGAUGUCACAGUUUGCCAGCACAAGGUGCGUUACCUCUGCAGAACCAUGGAGCACUGAGGAACGCAUGCUGUUAGCAGAAAGCGCUGAAUCUUUUUUAUUUAUUUUUAUGUCUUCUUAUCCUCUCCACAGAGAACAAUUAUGGAGACCGUGUUUACAUUUUGCAUUAACAUCCAUGCCAGGAAAUCAUACACCACCUUGACUGCACUUAAGUACAUUCAGUGAAUCUUUCCAUUAACAAUAUAUCUCCAGUAAUGACUCGAAAUCACAGAUCACAAGCCCACCGCUUAUGCAAAUGUGAUAAAAUAUUUUGGUAAAAUUACACACACUUUGCACCAACUUUGAUGCCUCUUAGCAGGUUGUUAAGAUUGAGUGAAGCAUUGAUGCAACCCUGCUUCUGUUUCAGGUACAGUCUCACAGACUCACCUGUCAGUGGAGUUGUUUUGGUGGCAGUGGCACUUCCACCUCUCAGACAUGCUGACACCUCAAUCCAAGAUGAAAAAGAGAUAGAGAUACACUUGAUUCCAGCCAAAAGUGUGCAACAAUAAUGCAAAGUAAACCUACAGAUAGACAAUAAAGUCCUUGACUGCUUUACUGAAACAACACUCAGUCAAAGCAGAUUGAAGGAUCUUAUGGGUGCGCUUGUUUUGCUUCUUAGGGUCUACCAGACAGAGAGGGUUGGACUUUCUUGCAUAGACUGCCACUGUCAGACGCAAGAAAAACAAAAUGUUAGAAUUCUUUAAGGACUCAACGAGGCCAAGAGUCACUAGUUUUUUUGUUGGACCCUUACCUUCAUCUGAUACCAGGAUUUUUUUCCCCAAUUUUCAGACUACUAUAUGACAGAGAAGGCAGGCACACACCAUGAGUUUGAUUUUGUUCCUGUGUUUUCCCCACACUAAAAUGCUAGUUUCUGUUUCAGUGUAUGUAUGAGCUGUUAGUGCUGGACUGAGUAAGAAUCUUGAGAUUCUCUUCUUUCUGAGAGUCUGUAACAUGACAAAGUUUACUCAGUAUUACAUGCUUUUAAGGAGCAUGUUAUUCGCUUACAUUCCAAAUGACCAGAGUACAGCAGUAUUGGAAAGAGGUUUAAGUUAAUUAUGUCUUCCCUGGGCCCCUAAAAGUCCAGGGCCCCAGGCAAUCGUCUACUUCUACCUGAUGGUAAAGCCCACCUAUGUUUGAGAGUGAACGCCGCCUCCUCUUCUGCAUUUGGAGUGAGAUGUGUUAGACAGGGGAAGUGAUGUAAUAGGGGAAACUGAAGCAAAAGUAGAAACAAUUUUGGACUUUAUUGAAAAUCUGUACAUAUUAAGGUUUUCCUAUGGCACCAGUUUUGAAGCAGUACACCCAAGAAGCCUUCUGAGAGGUAUCAGGGACAACUAGAGCAACAGUGUGGCGUGCAGACACCUUUUCUGCUUACUGACAGACCCUGCCGAUUAAGUCAGUGGAGUGUGUGGUCUUCCAUGCACACCAGUAUGCAUGAGCAUCCUCACUACCAAACCAGUCCAGGUUAACCUUACAAAGCAGACGGAUUUGCCCGUUUCCAUGUUUCUCACUGGUGAAUCCAUCUUGCAAAGCUUCUGAACCGUUUGGGCCCGGUUAGAAAGUCACAGGAUCAAUCAGCGACGAGGGGCAGUACUUCCAGGCGUGGCGAAGUUGUUUUGAAGCAAGCAGCAACAAGAAGCCGGUGCAAUUAUGGCGGAAGAUAUUAGUGUUGAUGCUGCUAAAGCACCAUAUUUAUCAGAACUUGACGACGUUUCUUCAUUAAAAGAAGAACAAGGAACAGCACUAAGUUGUUUUCUUUUCAAAAAUGACAAAAGUCAUGUAAAUCGCCAUGGUUUGCCUUAUGUUGUUCUCUAUGGAGUUUACUCCUCGAUAGCGGCUAUGUCACGUGUUUUGUUGCUCUGAUUGGCCCCUAAAGAUGUGACAGAACGUUCAUCCAAUCCCCCUCACAGUUUAUUUCAAUAGCUCUUCCCUUUGCCAAACACUGUCUAUGAGUGGUUUACCAGAUGGAUGUGUGAAACAAAUCCAUCUGGUGUGCGAGGCUAAGUCCAAGUGGCAACAUCUCAGACCUUCUCUGAAUGCAGUCUGAGCUAACGGGGUUGAAAUCAUUUUCAGGAUGUGAUGCAUCCACACCCAGCAUUACCACCACCUGGUAUCUGAAAACCAAGCAUGGAUACGAAUGCAAAGUGCAAACAUGGUCAGAGAUGUUUUUUUCGACGAGUAAAUGACAACAUUUAUAAGAAGUGAUGGAACAAUGGAGACCGUAAAUCAAUGAUGAGCAAGACAAAUGAUUUACUGAUAAUUGUGUGCUCUUUAGCACCAGUCUUGUGAUGAAAUGUUUCCUUCCUGUACUGACUGUUGAAAAUGUGUGUAUGCCUGUUUGAAGAGAGACUUUCCUCAGAGAGAGUUCAGUAAUCUCCUGACGUACAUGGAUUCAAGUAUCAUGUGUAAAUAGACUUCACUCUUAGUUGUGGAGUGGUAAAUUCUUAGACCACCUCAUUUUUCGGGGUGUGAUUUAUAUUUUUUUUCAUGUGUUUGUGUCCCUCAAAGUGUACAUAUGGUUCUUUAUUUUUAGGGAUGAAAUAAUGCUUUAUAUAAAAGAGAUAUUGCAUGUGUACAAUGGAUGUUUGAACUGUAAACUCCUGUACAUUAAAUAAAAACAUUUAAACCUUUAA